AUGAUGAAGGUAAUUUUUCUUGCCCUGAUCGUUUGCUUAUGCAAAGCAGCUAAUUUUAAAUGUGAAGAUUCUCAAAAAAAUUUAAGUUUUUGUACUAAAGAAUAUUUACCUGUUUGUGGAGUGGUUCAAAAUUCAAUUGGCUAAAUAGAAUAAUUUUAUAAAACUUUUUCAAAUAAAUGUGAAGCCUGUAUUUCAGGAAAAAUAGAAUUUUAUGCUUUAGGAGAAUGUGAAGAGUAUCCUAAAUAAGCAAUAUUCUGCCAUCCUGAUGAUAGCUAAAAUGACACAUGUACAAAAGAGUAUAGACCUGUUUGCGGUGUUUUUGAUAACAAAACUUUUACCUUAAAUUAAUCUUUGAGUUAAACAUAUUCUAACUCAUGCUUAGCAUGUAUUGAUGAAAAUGUUUCUUAUUACAUUCCUCAAUCAUGCCAAGUAAUAUUCGAUGAAAAAUAAAAAUUAGAUCAGGAUGAAAAAAUAGAUUUAAUAUUUAAUUUAUUAAACUGA